AUGUCCACACACACUGAAUCUGUGUCAACCACUCUAAAGCGUCGUCGAGCACAAAUCGAUGAACCGAUAAGUAAUGAAAUCGACCCGAUGAAUUACCCAGCGGCAGGUCUGAGAAGGCUUUUGGAGUCAGGCGAUGGUUGGGAAGACAGCGAACUCCCUCAUUUAAUACAUAAUAACACAGCGUCGAAUGCUCUCCCCUCGAUAGGUCCCGAGGCCAAAUUGCAACUACAACAUGCCCUUGACAUCCUCCCCGCCAAAUCACAGCUAGAUUCCCUUGUUGAAGCAUUCUUCAGCAAUAUUAAUCACCACUACAACAUUAUCCACCCACCCACGUUUAUACGGCAAUACAUCAUCUGGUCAAGAGAGAAGCCACGGGGAUCUUGUCGGGAUGUUCAAUUAACCACACUUAUCUUGAUGAUGUGCGCUUGUGUCACUCAACACCUUGAGGUUGAAUCCCAGCUGGCAAGUGGACACAGUGCUUCAUCUGAGGACUAUCAGAUGGCUGGCCAGAAACUCGCCGCAGCAAUACCUGCUGGCUGCUAUCAUAUAAUAAAUAUCCAAUGGAAGAUUUUAUUAAUCUGCUGGUUCAAAGGCGAGGCAAAGUUCACCGAGGCCUGGCAUACAAUUGGCUUAGCCGUGCAAGAAGCAUAUGAGUUGGGCCUUCAUAAGGUUGGACCUUCAAGAACAGCUCCAGAUUCUCAGGCACAGAUUGGUCGGCAAGCCUGGCGCGUACUAUACUGUUGGAACUGGCAAUUAUCAUCGACACUCGGCAGACCACUCAUUAUGCCUGAUAUCGACCCAGAGCUUGAACCGCUUCAGUCUGAUCUCAAUAGCUCUGCAUCAACCCCCACACUCCAUACCAAGUUGCAAUAUCAGCUCAUCUCCUCUCUUGCCAAACGGUGGCAAACACCACAAGAUAUCAACUCGCCUUCUGAAAUCAAGAUCUAUCAAGGCAUGGUAGAUGAUUGGAUAUCCUCCCUGCCGUCUGUCUUCUCGAUCCAUAACCCCGACACAUCAAAUGAUGUCACAUGGCCGUGGGUAGUAGCACAUCGCUACUACAUCCAGACUAUGGCAUAUUUCAUGCUUCUUCAACCAUACAAAGCUUACCUUUCAAGUCCGUCUACUAAUCUGUCCCCGACUGAGACACAAGAGCUACUAGCGGAGGCUGUAAAUUAUUCACUGAAGGCAUUGCAAUCAGCCACUCAAUGGGCAUCUCUGGUAUCAGAAGGAGACGGACAAUUUCAUCUUAUGGUGCUAUGUUUGUUUGACACGGCAGCAUUUCUAUCCACGACUCUAGACAAGGACCAAUCCAAGACUAUUCCGCACGGAGAUAAGGCGGUACUUGCAGUUGACGAGGCAGCGACAAUCUUGCAACAGCUUCAAACAACAUCUCAAGGAGCGAAGUCUUCUUAUAAACUUUUGCGCAGGAUCCUACGACGACUGAACUGGACGCGAGGUAGCGCACAUCCUACGGCGCCUUUGACGGGCAAUAUGGGAGAGAUAGGUGACGAUGGGUACUCCCAUGGGCUGUCUUCCACAAACAUGUGUUGA